AUGUCUGACCUCGAUGACCUCACCCACGACGACUUUGUCGUCUUGCGCCGCGAUGACCGCUUCGGUGGAUUCGAGGAAUGUGCCCAAGUCCCCAAGGAAAAUCCUCCCAUCACAAGCGCUGUUAGUGUGCGAUACUUCCGCAAGUCGAUCAUGCCGGGCAACAACGACGAGUUCACCGGCGCAAUGCAGAUGGUUGCGCAUUUUACCAAAGAUUGCACCUUCAGCACGCUCUACCCUAGCUACAGCACUCCAGACGGUCGCAAGUGA